UACGUGAAGUGAGAGUCAAUGUUGGCGUGAAUUAACGCAUCAGAACUUAAAGGUUUUGUCAGCUGGGAUCAAAACAGUAUUUAACAACACGAUUUUGUUUCAGACGAUGUUAGAAGAAAGACUACGAAAGUUUGCUCAGGAGAACUUUAGCCAUAGAUACUAUCCUAUUCUUCAUGGAGAGUCUGAGAAAAUACAGCCACUAACGCUUGCUGUAAAAAGGACUCGGUCAUUAUGGAAGCGACCACGCGCAAAACAUGAAAUCAUAGUCCUUUCAGAAAUGGCGAAAUAUGUUCAAGGUGACAGAGAAGCUAAAGUGUUGCGUGAUUUCUUGGAAUCUCAAGUCAAAAAGGAAAUGUUUCAGUCCAAACCGACCAUUGAUAUGGGUAACAGUAGAGCUCAGGAGUGCAGUACAAGUGUUUCAGGAUAUCUGCAUGCAACCAUCAAGAUCAGUGGUGAUCAAAAAAUUCUAAAACUGGGUGCACUGAGCCAGAAAUACAUUGACGACCCAGAUCUCCGUGGAAUACUUGCAAAGACACCUUUAGAUUACAACAAAAUGAAAGGCUUUGAAGGGAAUGAACUGUUUUUAGUAACGUCUGUAAUUUCCAGCGAGAAAUUUCAACUUGAAGGAGAGAGAAACGAAAAGAUCGAGACUGAAGUUAAUGGUGAAUUGCCUUCGCAAACGGCGAGUCCCAUCUCCAGCUAUUUUUUUCCACGCAGAAAAGUGCAUUCUAGCUACUUCAGCUCAUUUUGUCCUCCAGAGAUGGCAUCCAGAACCUCCGCAGCGCCGAUCCUCUUCAAGUGUUGCCAUGUUGAUUACCUAAAGGAUGAAAACAGACUGGAAAUCCGGAAAGGAGAAUAUGUUGGUAAAACAGUUACCAAGGACGUGUUUGGCGGCUAUUCUACCAAAGAGGACCCGGAUUAUGAUAGCACCUACGUGGAAAUAUAUUCAGAUGAGACUAACCUAACAGGGUUCGUUUUAUGGUAUUAA